UGUAAAAAAUUACAUUGGAACUUUUUUCCUUGUGUGCUGAUCCUCAGAUCCAUUGUAAUACACCGAGAAUCAUCCACUUUUUUGCGAUAAUGAUCCGGAAAUUUUAAUCAACAAGCGUGUCCGAAGACCAGUCGAGUUGGGAAAGUCUAUUGUCGGGAUCCCGUCAAUAACUCAAAUCAGAGAUGUAGCCUCUGUCUAUAUCUGUCCUCAGACAUUUAAGGCCCACCAUGCUGCUCUAUCUGCUGCUGGUCUUUCAAGCCAAUGCCAAUGCCCAGAUCGACCCAGCACACUGCCGCUACCCUCUUGGCAUGGAGGAUGGCAGGAUCAAAGACCAUGACAUCACCGCCUCCAGCCAAUGGUACGAGACCACUGGGCCACAAUAUGCCAGGUUGAACCGGGAGGAGGGUGACGGGGCGUGGUGCCCAGCGGGGCUCCUACAGCCCUCUGACACCCAGUAUCUGCAGGUCGACCUGGGCCAGCUCACCUUCCUGACAGUGGUGGGAACACAGGGCCGCUAUGCCCGGAACUCGGGUAAAGAAUUCGCCCGCAUGUACCGCCUGAACUACAGCCACGACGGCCAGCUCUGGAGAUCCUGGAAGAAUCGCCUUGGCAAUAAGACGAUGGAGGCGAAUGACAACGCCUAUGUCUCUGUGAUCAAAGACCUUCACCCGCCCAUCAUCAGCCGCUACAUCCGUCUCAUCCCACUCACCAAGACGCCCACCACUGUGUGUAUGAGACUGGAGCUGUACGGCUGCCCCUGGCACGACGGCCUGACGUCAUACAGCUCUCCUGAAGGUCAGCUGAUGAUGCCUCCUGGGUAUCCCAUUGCCAGCCUCAACGACUCCACAUACGACGGCGCCCACGAACGAAGGAAACUGUCUGGGGGGUUGGGUCAGCUGACGGACGGUGUGACUGGUCAAGAUGACUUCCUGGUGACGCGGCAGUACCAUGUAUGGCCUGGAUACGACUAUGUGGGCUGGAGGAACGGGAGUCUGGGCUCUGACUAUGUGGAGAUGGAGUUUGUCUUUGACAAGCAAAGGAACUUCACCUCCAUGAAGGUGCACAGUAACAAUAUGUUCCACCACGGAGUGAAGAUCUUCUCCUCCGUGUCCUGCUCUUUCAAGCCUCGUCUCACCGCUAACUGGGAGACCGAGCCGGUGGAGUUCCGUACGGUGCUGGACGACCGCAACCCCAGCGCUCGCUAUGUGACCGUGCCUCUGGGACGCCGUAAUGCCAAGGCCCUGCGCUGCCGCUUCCACUUCGCUGAUGUGUGGAUGAUGUUCAGCGAAAUCUCCUUCCAGUCAGCAGACACCGUGAUUCCGACUCAGAUAACCCUGGCGGUGACAUCCCCGUGGCCCAAGGAGGAGAGCUCCAUGCCCACCACCCACAAGACCGUGACAAACACAUCAGCCAAGGACCAACCGGAUGAUGGGAACACCCCUAUUCUGAUUGGCUGUCUGGUGACGAUCAUCCUGUUGCUCGUAGUGAUCAUCUUCCUGAUCUUGUGGUGCCAGUAUGUGUGCAAGGUGCUGGAGAAGGCUCCACGGCGUAUCCUCGAGGAGGAGGUCACCGUGCGCCUGUCCUCCAGUAGUGACACUAUCAUUCUGCAGACCCCUCCCGUGCCCCCCCGGGUCUCUCAGAUGGACCACCCAUACGAGCGCGUCUUUCUCCUGGACCCUCAGUACCAAGACCCAGCCGGCCUCAGGAACAAGCUGCCUGAACUGUCUCGGAGUGCAGAGACCUCAGCGUGUGGUGGGGGCUAUGCGGAGCCCGAUGUCACCCAGUGCACGCCUCACCAGUGCUUCCAGAGCAGCGUGCCGCACUACGCCGAGACGGACAUCGUAAGCCUGCAGGGUGUGACAGGCAGUAACAUGUACGCCGUGCCCGCGCUCACCGUCGACUCGCUCACCCGCAAGGACAUCUCCGUGGCAGAGUUCCCCCGUUACCGGCUGCUCUUCAGGGAGAAGUUGGGGGAGGGGCAGUUUGGGGAGGUCCACCUGUGUGAGGCUGAGGGUCUGCCUGAGUUUCUAGGGGAGGGCGCCCCCCUUCCCGACCGAGACGGACGGCCUGUACUGGUGGCGGUGAAGCAACUGAGGGCAGACGCCACCAACAACGCCAGGAACGACUUCCUGAAGGAGAUCAAGAUCAUGUCGAGGCUCAACGACCCCAACAUCAUCCAGUUGCUGUGUGUGUGUGUGAGCUCAGACCCACUGUGCAUGGUGACUGAGUACAUGGACAACGGAGACCUCAACAUGUUUCUGUCACAGAGAGAGAUGGAGAGCACCCUGACCCACGCCAACAACAUCCCCGCAGUCAGCUUGUCAGAUCUCCUGCACAUGUCAGUGCAGAUCUCGUCCGGCAUGCGCUACCUGGCCUCUCUGAACUUUGUGCACCGAGACCUGGCCACACGCAACUGCCUGCUGGACCGCAGACUCACCAUCAAGAUAGCAGACUUCGGCAUGAGCAGAAACCUGUACAGCAGUGACUACUACCGCAUUCAGGGGCGGGCUGUGCUGCCCAUCCGUUGGAUGGCCUGGGAGAGCAUUCUACUGGGUAAGUUCACCACGGCCAGCGAUGUGUGGGCCUUUGGCGUCACCCUGUGGGAGAUCUUCACUCUGUGUAAAGAGCAGCCUUACAGCCUACUGUCAGACGAACAGGUCAUCGAAAACACUGGCGAGUUCUUCCGGAACCAGGGCAGACAGAUCUUUCUAUACGCCCCACUGCUCUGUCCUCCCUCUCUAUUUGAGCUGAUGAUGCGUUGUUGGGACCGCGACAUCGCCGAUCGACCCACCUUCGAGGGGUUGUACCAGGCCUUACGACCACACGUGGUCCAGUGAACUUUGAACCCUGGCACAACCAACGGGCUGUCCUGAGUGAGAGGUCUAUUUAGCCUGAAUUCUCUUCUCUUAACCCCUCUGACUGACAGACAGAUGGACAGACGGACAGACAGGGAGACAGACAGGAAUCAGACAGACAGACAUACAGACAGCGGGGAGGACUGGAAGAGGAUGCAGCGAUGUUGUCAUUUUAAGAGAGCAGGAAGUGGGUUGAGGUUAUCACUUCCAGAAUGUGGACCACUUCUUUCAUAUUUCACAUUCUUCAGUGAUGGACUUUAAUCAUUUGAAAUCCAUGAAAAAAAGCUCUCACCCUUUUUUGUCUGUUGAUGGUUUGUGUAAAUUGAAUUCUGUUCAUCCAUCUUUAUUACAGUAUGUUGUGUUUUCACAUGUUGAUUUUGUAUGGUAGGCCUACCAAAGAAAACAUAAUGUCCCUAAUACCUGGCCUAGUAAGAAAUCGACAACUGGACAAAUGCUUUUGUCUUGAGGUUCUGUGUUUUUGGUGUGUAAAGCACUGCUGCCUGGUCGUCUUCCAUUUAUCCAUUGUUCCUUUUAUUAGGUUCUGUGUUUUUGGUGUGUAAAGCACUGCUGCCUGGUCGUCUUCCAUUGUUCCUUUCAUUAACCCCACACUGGACUAUGAUCAUGUUGAUUUGUUUGACUCAGAUUCUAUUGAUCUUUUUGAAUAUGAAUGUUCUAUAGGACAGUUUGGAUAAGGCCUUUGGCUAAAGCAGAACUACUGUCAUAGCUAGAAUAGGACCCUAAGCCUCUGACCCUAACCCUAACCCUCUGACCCUAAGCCUCUGACCCUAAGCCUCUGACCCUAACCCGCUAACCCUAACCCUCUCAUCCUAACCCCCUGACCCUACCUCUAACCCUCUGACCCUAACUCUAACCCUAACCCUGCUUUAGAGAGGGUUGGGGAGCCACAAUGGACUGAUGAUGAGGAAUAGAAAGCACUGUCCCCUUGGAGAUGUCUAACGCAAGGCACUGUCCCCUUGGAGAUGUCUAACGCAAGGCACUGUCCCCUUAGAGAUGUCUAACGCAAGGCACUGUCCCCUUGGAGAUGUCUAACGCAAGGCACUGUCCCCUUGGAGAUGUCUAACGCAAGGCACUGUCCCCUUGGAGAUGUCUAACGCAAGGCACUGUCCCCUUGGAGAUGUCUAACGCAAGGCACUGUCCCCUUGGAGAUGUCUAACGCAAGGCACUGUCCCCUUGGAGAUACCCACCGCAAACUGUGCAGCCUUAUCAGAUAGCAUUAAAGCUCGUUAGCAUUAUUAGAUGUCAUUAGCUAUCCCUUACAGAGAUUCAGUCUUCUGGAUUGAGUAGCUGGAGGCUGGUUAGCGUUGGUCCAGGGGCGUUUGUGCGCGUUCCAGUGGAGGAACACUCACUGACGGUGACGUGGACCAGAGCUAGAAGCUGGACAACACUCUUUACAAGUAUACAGUAGCUAGCAUGUUGCUGUUGCCAAGCCUUUGAUCACACAGUAGCUAGCAUGUUGCUGUGACCCAGCCUCUGAUCACACAGUAGCUAGCAUGUUGCUGUGGCCAAGCCUCUGACCAUACAGUAGCUAGCAUGUUGCUGUGGCCAAGCUUCUGACCAUACAGUAGCUAGCAUGUUGCUGUGACCAAGCCUCUGAUCACACAGUAGCUAGCAUGUUGCUGUGGCCAAGCCUCUGAUCACACAGUAGCUAGCAUGUUGCUGUGGCCAAGCCUCUGAUCACACAGUAGCUAGCAUGUUGCUGUGACCAAGCCUCUGAUCACACAGUAGCUAGCAUGUUGCUGUGGCCAAGCCUCUGAUCACACAGUAGCUAGCAUGUUGCUGUGACCAAGCCUCUGAUCACACAGUAGCUAGCAUGUUGCUGUGACCAAACAGCUGUUGUGUUCACAGCUCCGCCUUCAGAUGAAUUGAGCCAUAGCAAUAGAAUUACUGCUGUACAUCCCUGUUCUAGGGAGCAGGGAAGUUACUGCUGUACUUCCCUUCGCCUGUUCUAGUACACAUAUUUCUAUGAUUGUAGCUGGCUUGCAUAGAAUUCAUUCUGAGUUGCAGGGGAUUGAAAUGAAGGUUAACCUUAAUUGUGGUUGUAAAUAUAACUGAAAAGCGAUCUCUGUGUAGAUGUCACUUGUCCAUUGGGAGAUCAAUCGAUAUUGUCAUGUUAGUGUAAAAGUUUUAAAAAGCAAAGUUUUACUUUUUUUUGUUAUUUCAAAACAUUAUGCCCCCCCCCCCUAUUUUAAGUACAUUUAUUUGUAUUGCUGCAUCCUCUGUUGCCACAAUAUCUGAGUGAAUGAACAGGCAUCAAGUGUUUAAAAGUGGCUGACACCAAAGAUCUCAACAUUGAAAUCAGCUUCUGACAUUUCUUGUGUUGGUUGUCAUUGUUAAGGUUAUUAACAUUAAUGUCAAUGUGUUGUGUUGUUCACCUGUACUGUAUCUGAUGCUUCACGGUGUGUCUGUGUCUGCUGGGAGGAGGGGCUCUGCUGGGAGGAGGGGCUCUGCUGAGAGGAGGGGCUCUGCUGGGACGUAGGGCUCUGCUGGGAGGAGGGCUCUGCUGAGAGGUAGGGCUCUGCUGGGACGUAGGGCUCUGCUGAGAGGUGGGGCUCUGCUGAGAGGAGGGGCUCUGCUGGGAGGAGGGGCUCUGCUGGGAGGAGGGGCUCUGCUGAGAGGAGGGGCUCUGCUGAGAGGAGGGUCUCUGCUGAGAGGAGGGUCUCUGCUGGGAGGAGGGGCUCUGCUGAGAGGAGGGUCUCUGCUGAGAGGAGGGGCUCUGCUGAGAGGAGGGGCUCUGCUGGGAGGAGGGGCUCUGCUGAGAGGAGGGCUCUGCUGGGAGGAGGGGCUCUGCUGGGAGGAGGGGCUCUGCUGAGAGGAGGGUCUCUGCUGAGAGGAGGGUCUCUGCUGAGAGGAGGGUCUCUGCUGAGAGGUAGGGCUCUGCUGGGACGAGGGGCUCUGCUGGGAGGAGGGGCUCUGCUGGGAGGAGGGGCUCUGCUGGGAGGAGGGGCUCUGCUGGGAGGAGGGGCUCUGCUGAGAGGUGGGGCUCUGCUGGGAGAAGGGGCUCUGCUGGGAGGAGGGGCUCUGCUGGAAGGAGGGCUUUGCUGAGAGGAGGGGCUCUGCUUAGAGGUGGGGCUCUGCUGGGAGGAGGGGCUCUGCUGGGAGGAGGGCUUUGCUGAGAGGGGCUCUGCUGGGAGAAGGCUUUGCUGAGAGGAGGGCUCUGCUGAGAGGUGGGGCUCUGCUGGGAGGAGGGGCUCUGCUGAGAGGAGGGGCUCUGCUGAGAGGUGGGGCUCUGCUGGGAGGAGGGGCUCUGCUGAGAGGUGGGGCUCUGCUGGAUGUGUUAUGUGUAUGUUUGACAUUCCACAGAGCACUGGGGGAAGUGGUUCAACUUGAAGUGUGUUUACAUGCCCCAUUGUUGUGCAGUACAAUCUGCACCGCAUGGAGAGGGGAGGGAGGGAUGAAGGGGGAGAGAGAGAUGUAAGGAAACCACUAAACUCAAUGUCCCAGAGGUCUUUGCUGAAGUGAGCCUGUGUUAGCUAAUGUUCGUUGGUAAAGAUGAAUCCCUUAAUUCUGGUCCAGACAGAAUAAAUCGUGUUUUUUUGUUUUCCAUUGGUUGGGAUUGGAUAGAAGAAAGCAGGUUAUUGAACCGAGCUCUGUAACACUUCCUCUCUGGAGUGGCUUUCUCCACUUUUUUGGUUGCCAUGGAAGCACAACUGUGGUAAAGGGGUAAAGGAGGUUUUGAGGGAAAGGUUGGAUUGAGCCUGUGUGCAUGUGGCAGUCUGCGGGUGGUAAUGACUGGUUGGUUUAGUGUUUGAAUGCAUAAGGGGUGGUAAUGACUGGUUGGUUUAGUGUUUGAAUGCAUAACGGGUGGUAACGACUGGUUGGUUUAGUGUUUGAAUGCAUAACGGGUGGUAAUGACUGGUUGGUUUAGUGUUUGAAUGCAUAACGGGUGGUAAUGACUGGUUGGUUUGGUGUUUGAAUGCAUAAGGGGUGGUAAUGACUGGUUGGUUUAGUGUUUGAAUGCAUAACGGGUGGUAAUGACUGGUUGGUUUAGUGUUUGAAUGCAUAACGGGUGGUAAUGACUGGUUGGUUUGGUGUUUGAAUGCAUAACGGGUGGUAAUGACUGGUUGGUUUGGUGUUUGAAUGCAUAACGGGUGGUAAUGACUGGUUGGUUUGGUGUUUGAAUGCAUAACGGGUGGUAAUGACUGGUUGGUUUGGUGUUUGAAUGCAUAACGGGUGGUAAUGACUGGUUGGUUUGGUGCCAGGUGAUAGAGGACACUCUGAUUUUUCACUUUUCUAUUCAUCGCUUCAGUUUAGAAACUCUUCUCAUACAUACGUGGCUGACUUGUACAUAGUGUAGUCAGAGUAGAUUUGUAUAGUAAUAUAUUGGGUGCUGAGGAGAAGAUUCCAGCCCCAUGACAGUUUUCCUCUGAUCUUUUCUUUCUCUUUGUUUCUUAUAUUAAAAUCAAACUUGACAAACGG